AUGAUUGGGAUUGGGAUUUGGAUAACUACCAACCUUCUGCUAUGGUUGGGGGAGUGGCUGAAGCUGCUUAUACUAUUCCUGCUCCUCUUCUCCUUGUCUUGUGCUUGCGGCAGUCUGUCCUUUUCUGCUGUUCUUCUACUGCUUUUUCUCUUUUUUAUAGUUGUUGUAUGUGUUUUAUUGCAAGGAAGAAGUGGUGGUGAAGAAGAAGCUGUCUCUAGAGAAAAGGUUCCAAGAGAAGUCCUCUGUUUAUGUCGGUUUGUGGUAAAGAGAAAGAAGAGAAGUGGUUCUGUGUGUGCCAAGAGGAAGGGAGUUUCGGGAAUGAUCAAAAGAUGA